GAAAAGGGCCCAAUUCAGCUUUGCUCGCUAGCCCAACUUUUUUCAGUCUCAGCCCAUGACAAUGUCCGAUUGGUGAAAGAAAAGACUUGAGAAGAAUUUGGAGAACAGAAGAAGAAUCACACAUGGACGACGAAAUGCCGCCGGAGGACAGCCCUGGCUCCUCCGGCCAAUCAGUUGAGGAAGAGGAAGUCAUGAGCGAGGUUCACCUAGGUUGCCCUCCCGGAUUAUCUGGACCUUUCAUGUCCAAUUUCACUGUAUCUAUUCCACCUUCAAUUAAAGAUGAAACCAUUUGGAGAGGAUACAGUUACGUUGGCGAUGAUUCGGCAUCAACUAGUAAAGGCUAUGAACUGGAUGAAGAUGGUGAUCUGAUUUUAACCCGGCGAAAUCAACUACACAGGAAUCAAUUUGUAGUGACAAUCAGGCAUAAUAUCACAUCAUCAAUUCCUAGAGUUGGUGUGCAGGUCUGGAAAGCAGAACUUGUGUUAGCUGAUUUUGUGCUGCACAAGAUGUUUACAUCCCAAGAGUUUGAUGGAGUUGUUGCAGUAGAGCUUGGUGCUGGUACAGGCUUGGUUGGCUUGUUGCUCGCUCGUGCAGCUCGAACAGUUUUCAUAACAGACCAUGGUGAAGAAAUACUUGACAAUUGUAUCAAGAAUGUUCAUGCCAAUGCUGGAUUACUAUAUCCUAGUGUCUCAGUUUAUGUUCGGGAACUUGAUUGGAACUGUCCCUGGCCACCUCAGAUGGUAGAAGGAUCUGAGUCUGCAAAAAGCUAUAACUGGACAAAUUCAGAAGUUGAAGAGUUCCAGGAGGCUUCCUUGCUUUUAGCUGCUGAUGUCAUUUAUUCCGAUGAAUUGACUACUGCAUUCUUCAGUACUGUAGGGAGAAUAAUGUCUCAUCAACCAGAAAAGGUAUCAAUACAUAAGGUGGCUUUUAUGCAUUCUAAAUUCGGGUGGUGGUUAAUUGGAGGUGGAUACAUCCUCCAGUAUUAAGCUUGCUGGUGUUCUUUGUUCCUCGUUAUUGGCCCUCCUGGAUGCGUAGACCUUGUUUUAGCAACACUUGACUAGCAAAAAUCUGGUACAGCAUGAAUUAGUUAGUUUAAGCAUCUUGGUAUGACUAGGGCAAGGGACCAAAUGCAUCCUUCGUGGUUACCUUUUCAUGUGUUUCAAAGUUACAGCGUAUCAUAACGAAUAAAUUUGACCCCUGGGGACCUGAUUUAAGCAUCUGCUGUGUAAUCACAAUAAUAUCAUCUUGUCCACUGAGGAUGGCUUCUUCUUAUCAUAUCUACAUUAUGUCUUAAUUGAUACUUUUGUGUCCUUGCUAACUAGGACUGCAUCUGCUCUCGUCUUAUCUACUUCUCAUUCUGAAAACCCUCGUUCCCUAGUUCAUUUUUUCGCGCUUUGGUGUUGAUAUAUUGCUGCACUUUCUUUGGAGUUCUUUAUGAUCAAUUGAUUAGUUGAGAUGUCUCUCUUUGCUC